AUGGCGGACAUUGGUCCUAUCUGGGAACAGACAUCCUUCGAUCCCACGGGCCAUUCAUUGGCAUUCCCGUACGUACACAUGCUCCCCAACAUCGUCAGUCUCAUCGACCGCCGGAAGGCCAUUGACUACUUGAAGGAAAGAUAUGGCUGGCCAGAGCGAGACACCAUCGCCCAAGUUCUCACGCCGCUGUCUGGUUCAGCCUUGAUCGCAACAGCUGCUCCAGAUAGACAAUCCAUUGUGUGCUAUCCGCUUCGAGCUGAGAUCAUGAAGGAUGGCGCCGCCGUUCCAGGUGGUGGAGAUAUCAAUGCGUCGGAUGGUCAAUUCGCAGCUCGUGCAUAUCCGAAAUCCUCAGAUGUUGUAUAG